AUGGCAUCCAAAGACAAGUACUCGGUUAUCCUACCAACUUACAAUGAGCGACAGAAUCUGCCCGUUCUGGUGCAGAUGCUCUCCGAUGUCUUCACCAAAGAAAAACUAAAGUGGGAGAUCAUCGUCGUAGACGACGCCUCCCCCGACGGCACCCUCGAGCGCGCGAAAGAACUCCAGAAAUCCUUCGGGUCCGAUCACAUCGUGUUGAAGCCCCGAGCAGGCAAACUAGGUUUGGGCACCGCCUAUGUCCACGGCCUGCAGUUUGUGACGGGCAACUUCGUCAUCAUCAUGGAUGCAGAUUUCUCGCAUCACCCGAAAUUUAUCCCCGAGUUCAUCAAGAUCCAGAAACAGACCGGCUGUGACAUCGUCACGGGGACGAGGUAUAGAUCAAGGCCAGGCCUAAUCGGGGGAGUCUACGGCUGGGAUGCAAAGAGGAAGCUGACAAGCUGUGGUGCAAACAUCCUGGCCGACUUUCUCUUGAAUCCUGGCGUGAGUGACUUGACUGGGUCUUUCAGGCUGUACAAAAAAGAGGCGUUGGUUACGGUCAUCGAGAGAACCGAGUCAAAAGGCUACACCUUCCAGAUGGAAAUGAUGGUCCGGGCGAAAGCCAUGGGACUCAAGGUUGAGGAGUGCCCGAUCACCUUUGUGGACCGACUAUACGGCGAGAGCAAACUAGGAGGGGAAGAGAUUGUCGAGUAUCUCAAAGGAUUAUUGUGGCUAUGGUGGUCGGUAUAG